AUGGUUUACCCGGUGCGAGGGAUCACGAGCUUGAGCGCGCUGAGCGAGGGCAACGAGGAGGAUGGGGGCGGCGAUCAUGAUACGCGAGAAGCGGCCGGCGGCAGUCCGGCGGCGGAUGAGAUCCGUGCGGUCCAGGAUGAGAUCCGUGCGGUCGAGCGCAAGAUCGAGGAUGUAGUGAAGGAGACGAAAAAGGUAGCCAAGAAGAUUGAUGAUGUUGAGGCUGCUACAAUUGCUGGGGGCUCCGGGUACCUCGGAAUGACCGACCCCGAAGCCCUGUUGAAAGAGAAGGAGCGACUAGGCGACGAGAAGAAGCAACUACGCGACGAGAAGAAGCAACUACGCGAGCAGGUCCUUGUGAAGGAGAAACGGCUCUUCAGUAUUGAGCAGCGCCGUGCCAACAACGCCCCGGCAGGUACCGAAGCGUCCCAUUAUGUGCGACGAUCCAUACAGCAGUUUACAGUGUAG